UAAUUGAACGCAACAGUAAAAAGAUGCCCUGGCUGGCCUCCUUUUUCUUCGGGUAUAUGAGGUUACUUAUUUAACAGACAAGAGCAAUCACAUACUUGCAUCCUUGAGAGUGCUUCUUAUCUGUAGGAGCUUCCUGCCACGCAUAUCUCUAUCCAGUUCUACCAGUUUCUUUCUGCAAAGAAGUAUAUGAUAUCGAGCUCAAGAUGAGAAUCUACGUCCAUCUACUGCUUUUCUUUCUGGUUUUAUCUACUGUUUUACUCUUAGUUUCUUGUCAAGCAACUCUAAUCAAACGUAAGGACCGAGAGGCUCUCCUUGAUCUGAAAUUCUUCAUCGCCAAUGAUUCCUCAGGAGCGUUAUCUUCAUGGGGGAAUGGCUCCUCAGCUUGCACAUGGACAGGGGUGCUGUGCAAUCAUGGCGGCAGGGUCUCAAAGCUGGAUCUCCGGGGUCUCAACUUAGUUGGAAGGAUUAGCCCUAGCAUUGGAAAUCUAUCAGCUCUCCAUUCCUUAUACCUACAGGACAACAACUUUGUUGGUAACAUUCCUAACCAGCUUGGUAUGCUUGGUCGGCUUCAAGUGCUAAAUCUUAGCGGCAACCUUCUUACAGGGAAUAUUCCCUCAUCCUUGACAAACUGCACUAACCUCAUGACCGUUGAUUUGUCCUGGAACACCAUUUCUGGCAAUAUUCCUUCAUCCAUCCACCUUCUUCAGAGAAUUCGAAAGCUGUUCAUAGGGAAGAACAAGCUAGAUGGCAGUAUCCCCCCAUCACUUGGUAAUUUGUCGUUGCUAAACACUCUUGAUGUUAACACGAACAACCUCACCGGUACAAUUCCUGAAGUUCUAGGCAGACUCAAUUAUAUCCAGUACCUCCAGCUCUCCAUAAAUAACCUAAAAGGCUUCGUUCCACUACCACUUUACAAUCUCUCUACACUUGCUUUCUUUGCAUUUGCAAAGAAUGACCUUAGUGGUGAGAUUCCAACUGAUAUUGGUUUUCGGCUCCCAAACCUCCGUGUCUUCCACAUCUGCAUCAACAAAUUCAGUGGUCCGAUCCCAUCAUCUCUUCACAAUGUCACAAAUAUUCAAAGCAUAAGAAUGUCCAACAACCUACUUACCGGCUCUGUACCACCUGGUCUUAAUGGACUCCAUAACCUUACCAUGUACAACAUUGGUUUCAACCAUAUAUCUGACACUACAAGGAUCAUUACAGACCUAACAAACUGCAGUAAGCUGCAACUUAUUGCCCUUGAUGAGAAUCUCAUUGAGGGAUCAUUUCCUGAUUCAGUUGGUAACCUUUCAAGCUCUCUUAUAAAGCUAUACCUUGGUGGCAACAGGAUAAACGGUCAAAUACCACCCUCUAUACGGAGUUUAACAUCCUUGACAUUACUUAACGUAAGUUACAAUCAACUAUCUGGGAGUAUCCCAUCAGAGAUAGGCCAUCUCAGUGAGCUAACAGUGCUUGGGCUUGCUGUGAACAAAUUAUCUGGGCUGAUCCCAGUGGAGAUUGGGCGCCUUACUGCGCUCACAACACUAGAGAUCAAUAACAAUGAGUUGGUUGGUAGAAUUCCAGAAGAGUUGGGUCUCCUUCAACGUGUUCUGUCACUGGAUAUAUCAAGCAACAAACUUCAUGGGGACAUCCCUGCAUCCAUCUUUGCACUGAGGAGUCUUAGUUCUGUUCUUAAUCUGUCACAUAAUUCUCUUAGUGGAGGAUUAACUGAAACAAUUGGCCAGCUAGAGAACAUCAUCUCUAUUGACCUCUCAGACAAUUUACUCAACAGUAGUAUCCCACUCUCGAUAGUGCAGUGCCGGAGCCUGCAAACAUUAUUUUUGAGCAGAAAUGGUAUUUCAGGAGUGAUCCCUGACAGUAUUGGGAAUAUUAGAGGAUUGCAAAUCCUUGACCUUUCAAGCAACAAGUUAACCGGUAGCAUACCUGGAAGCCUAGCUAAUCUGCCCCUUCAACUGUUAAACCUCUCAAUGAAUGACCUAAAUGGGUUGGUUCCAAGCAAUGGAAUCUUUGAAAACCGCUCCAUUGUUUUCCUUGAUGGAAACCCAAAACUGUGCUACUCAAGGUUGACAUGCUACCACUCGCAAUAUUCCUCCAACCGCCGAAGGGUGCACAUAGUGUCUGCGGUUGCUCCUGCGUCAGCAGUUGCAAUUUCCAUCCUUAUAUUGAUUUUUGUUUUCUUCCUGUCCCGAAGAUAUUUAGUAAGUGCAAAGACAAGAGCACAAGACAGUAUUAUCAAAGUAAAUCACCCACUUAUUUCGUAUGAAGAGCUAUGGCGUGUGACCAACAACUUUGAUCAAAGAAACCUUAUCGGUGUUGGUAGCUUUGGUUCGGUUUACAAAGCUAUACUGCAUGAUGGAACACCAGUGGCCAUCAAAGUACUAGACCUGAGCAAGGUGGGAGCACCCAAGAGCUGGGUUGCAGAGUGUCAGACUCUCAGAAAUUUGAGACAUCGUAACCUCAUAAAGCUGGUCACAAUUUGUGCAAGUGCGGAUUUUGCUGGUAACGACUUCCGUGCUUUGGUUUAUGAGCUAAUGAGCCAAGGAAGUCUAGAAGACUGGAUUCACCAAGGUAAACAACAUGAAGAUGGAGCUGGGCUUAAUGCUGAAGAGGUGCUCAACAUAGCCAUUGAUGCAGCAAGUGCGCUGGAAUACAUGCACAGUGACUGUGGGGGACAGGUUGUGCACUGUGAUAUCAAACCUAGCAAUGUGCUGCUGGAUGGAGAAAUGACUGCAAAAGUUAGUGACUUUGGUUUAGCCCGGUUGUUGACUCCAUUGCAACCAGAACACCAAUCGAUUUCCAGUACUCAUGGACUUAAGGGCUCUAUUGGAUAUAUUCCACCAGAAUAUGGAUACGGGAGUAAACCAUCAACAAGAGGUGAUGUCUACAGCUACGGCGUUAUGCUCCUUGAGAUGAUCACCGGAAAGAGCCCUCUCGAGCAGAGCUUUGGAGGUGACAUGAAUCUUACAAAAUGGGUGCGAGAUAAUUUGCCCCAUCGAGCUCAAGAAGUAAUUGACAAGCGACUCAUAAGUGCUACAACUGAUGUCUGCUUUGAAGGGGUGCAGGAUAGUAGUAUCGAGCAGCCGCUGCUGAACUGCUUGCUAAUACCCAUGUUGGAAGUGGCUUUAUCUUGUGUCGUGGAGUCUCCAGAUGAACGAAGCAGCAUGCAUGAUUCUCUCUUAAGGUUGAAGCAAGCGAAGGUGACUUUCUUGCGCAACUGCAGUACCAUCCAUCUGUAACGCCAGCAGAGGUUGAUAUAGCUACAAGUCCAUGUACAAGCCACAUGCAUAGUGUAUCAAUGUUUCAUAUUUUGUAUCUGGUUUAACGCAAAUGGUGAUCCCAUUGUCUUGCUAAAA